CCACCCCCCGGCCAACGGGAUGAUCGAGAGAUGGCACCGGACAAUGAAGACCGCGAUAAUGUGCCAUAGAACAACCAAAUGGACUGACAUCCUUCCUACUGUACUUCUCGGACUUAGAACAGUCUACAAGGAAGAGUUGCGAGCAUCACCAGCAGAAUUCCUGUACGGAACAACGCUGAGAAUCCCCGGAGAGUUUUUUACUCAUGAAGAUCCACCGGUAGAUCCGCAUUUCUUCCUCGAUGACUUCCGGAAACACAUACGUGACAUUAAACCGGUACCAGCAGCUCACCACUGUAGGCAAAAAACGUUCUGCUACAAGGACCUUUACACCUGCAGUCACGUCUUCCUACGAUUAGACCAUGUAAGGAAACCGCUCGAACAACCCUACUCAGGCCCACAUGAGGUCAUCAAGCGGGUUGACGACAAAGUUUUCACCAUCAGACUCAACAACAAGGACGUGAACGUGAGUGUGGAACGUCUCAAACCAGCUCACCUAGCGACGGAUGACGUCUUCCAGGACGACCAAACUUCAUCCUCCACAAGCAGUCAACCGGCCAUAACAAACUCUCAACAACCAGGACUCUCCACUGGAGCACUCAGGACCUACUCCGGGCCGAAAACCAACGCCUCCAGGGAAAAAAAAGGAGUUUCAUUCCAAAGCAACACAUAAUACACCACUUAUCCUUUACUUAGAGGGGGGUGGUGUGGGGAUUACACUCAUACAAGUAAACACACACAUAACCUCAGUACACUCUACAACUACCUCUUUGCUCCAUGACGACACAGCGCUCCGUACGGAGACUCGUGAAGUCAGGGAUCUCAGGUUGGUAACAAUGAAUGUCACCAGCUUGGUGAUUCAUAUUAGUUUUAUUCAUCGACUGUUUAGUCAGUAAGAUUUUGUACUGCUUCGAACAUUGAUCAACCUCCUGUAUUAAUAUUAAUAAAUUGUUAUUGUUAUUCACAUUCACGUUCAUUUAAUUAUAUGUGCGAGUUAUACCGAACCCCCACAUAAUUGAACAUUAUCAUGAGCAAAAGUCAAGAGCAUGAAAUUCAAUCUUGUAAUUCGAACGAGUUUGUUAUACACUAUGUAUAGUGCCACAACUGGAGGACAGAUUAGCUAGAAAAUGAGGUACAAGUACCAUCCUUUAACAACAAAUUAGCGACAAAUUAUAGCCUUUGUGGUACUUCUGCACGCAUUACCUUCAAGGUGCGCUAUGUGCAGUGCCAGCUUGAUAACUCUACAAACGUCUUUCGCUGAUCUGUUCGAAGCUGGACUCGCGACAAAAUUGAUAAAAGUAUUGUCAUUCAACGACAAAUUGACGACAAAUUACAGAAUAAAAAGUUUAAACAGACAAAAUGGGUACAAGUACUAUGUUUCAGCGACAAAUUAUAGUCUUAUUCUUAUCCCCAUUUCUAUUUCUAGAUACGUUAUGUAUGGCGUCACAACUACAGAACAGAUUAGCGACAAAAUGAGUACAAGUACCAUCUGUCAGCGACAAAUUGGCGACAAAUUAUAGUCGCAUUUUUCUAUCCCAUUUCGAUUUCUAGAUACACUAUGUAUAGUGCCACAACUAGAGGACAGGUUAGCUAGAAAAUGAGGUACAAGUACCAUCCUUAAGCAACAAAUUAGUAACAAAUUAUAGCCUCUAUGGCAUUUCUGCAUGCAUUACCUAUUUGAAGGUGCGCUAUGUGCAGUACCAGCUUGAUAACUCUACAAACGUCUUUCGCUGAUCUGUUCGAAGCUGAACUCGCGACAAAAUGAAUAGAAGUACUAUCAUGCAGCGACAAAUUGACGACAAAUUAAAGCCUUUACAGUAAUUUUCUAGUGUAUUUCUAUUUUAAGAUACGCUAAGUAUAGCGCCUUAAGUGAAGGAUAGAACAGAGACAAACACAGCUGAAGGGCAGAUUAGCGACAAAAUGGGUACAAGUGGCAUCUUUCAGCGACAAAUUAUAGUCGUAUUUUAACUCCCCAUUUUUAUAUCUAGAUGCGCUAUGUAUAGCGCCACACAUCGACAACAGAUCAGCGAGAAAAAUAGUACAAAUACCCAUCCUUCAGCGACAAAUUAUUGCCUUUAUUAUCUAUGCAUAGCGUCAUAGCUGAAGGAUAGAUUAACAGCAAAAUUGGUACAAGUAAAGUGCCAUCCUUUAACGACAAAUAUAACGUUUGAAGUAGAUAUAUUUCUACCUCAUUCCUACCUUAUGUAUGGGGUCACAGCUGGAGGGCAGAUUAGCGACAAAAUGGGUACAAGUACUAUCUUUCAGCGACAAAUUAUUUAUAGUCGUAUUUUUACCCCCA